AGACUCUAAGCAAUCGUGAAAACACCGGAUACCCUUACACUGCAGAGAAUGGACGCACUCCACGCUGCCGCGAUAGCGGCACAACUGCUCAAGUUCACACCGCUCGUUAUCAUCGUGCUCUUUGGCGGCGUACAGACUGCAUCCAACAACUACCCCAAGCUUCCACGCAGCCCAUAUUGGACUCUCCUGGAUGUCACACAUAUGGUGCUGCUAAUAAUUUCAAGCGCGCUGGGUGUCACCAAGGCCUGCUUGUUCCUGAAAAACACCGAAGACAAAGGAAGCUACACUACAUCCACAAUGCUGGAAGGAGUCACUGAUAUCGCGAUGGCGCUUUCUUUGGUUUUACUGGCCCUCAUAACAUGGCGACGCUGGCGCCGGUGCCUGCCACCGUCAGGCUUCAUAGCGGCGCUGCUGGGUCUGUUGUCAACAGCCUGCUUGUUAGAAGCCUUCCAGAAGUUCACGGUACUUUUUCACGAUAAGCGAAUUACCCUGUCAUUCAAUGACCACCUGGAGCGAUCCAUCAUUCUCUGUUUCACUGUCGCGGCGACAGUGACCUGGAACUUCGUUGCGUCUGAACUUCAAGACUUGGUCAUCAGAAGGCCAACUGCUUCUGUGAGACUGGUUGAUGAAGAUUCGUCAUCGCUGCUUUCGCGCCAAGCCUGCACAAUACUGCUUCCGCUUUUCAAGGACGUGAAUCGACAUGGAGUUUCAGCAACGGCUCGGAUACCUGCGCUCCGCAGAGGAAUUCGAUGCAAAGGACUCAUCCAGGCAAUUACGGCACGACUCAUCUCAUGUAAAAUAGUUCCUAGGAGCCGUGGUUCAUUCCUGCUCGUUCUGCUGAAGGUCUUGUGGAUGGAUGUCCUUUGGAUUGUAUUGGCCGUCGUGGGCUACUACGCCUCCGUAUUCGCAAGAAUCCCUGCCCUCGAGUUGUUGGUAAGCAGUCGCAGCCUUACGGGCAUCACCACUGCGGCGCUACUUUUUGCUGCAACAACUGCGUGCGAAUUCCUCAUGACGUGCUACCAAAUGGACCUGCAGAUUAUAUUGGCCGGGAGAACACGCUCUAUUAUUCAAGGCCUCAUCUUCAACAAGGUCACGAAUAUGUCAACGGAAAGCAGAAGACGCUACCCAGCCGGGCAUAUCACAGCGCUGCUAAGCGUCGACACAUGGCUGUCUUCCUGCUCUUCCAUGUCGAUUGUGCUGCCACUGAUUGGAGCCCUGUUGCUGCCUUUCGUCUUCUGGAUGCUCGGAGUGCGGACCGGAGUCGGCCCGUCGCUGUGUUGCGCCGCAUGGACCGUGCUGGUUCUGUUCCUGCCUUUUUUGAGCUCCUUCCUACAAAAGCGCUUCUGGGUCAACGUGCUACGGGCUCGUGACGAGCGUCUCAAGGCCAUUGCUGAUUUGCUUUCUACGAUACGAGUCGUCAAAAUGUAUGCCUGGGAAGAUGCGCUUCUAGAGAACAUCCUCCGCCCCAGAAACGUGGAGCUCAAAUGGUUGUUCCGAGUAAAUCUUCUGGACGCCCUAUUGGACUGCGUCUACUCCUCCACUAGUUCAGUGCUCAUGAUCAUCCUCUUCUCUACACUGUACGCUUUGGAACCCGACAUCGUGCUCACUCCAGCAUUGUCGUUCUCCUGCGUGUCGCUGCUCUACAUAACCGAUCUCGCCAUGGGCAGCGGCGCCCAAGCGCUAAGGAUUUUCAGCCAGGCCAAACUCUCCCUGAAAAGGAUAGCGGACUUCUGUACGGCUGAAGAGUUCAAGGAGGCAAAAUGUGACGUCAACAAUUAUGCUUCUGCGACAAAAGGUACCGUGCAACUGCAAAAGUGCUCCUUCUCGUGGGUAAAACCUACCCACGGUGGCUCUUUUGCCCAGCUGACCGAUAUAGACCUUUCGGUAGAGCCAGGGGCCUUGAUUGGCGUCGUUGGUUUUGUGGGCAGUGGCAAAUCCUCUCUGCUCGCUGCUAUACUCGGAGAUAUGCACCUAAUAAAGGGCGAUGUCACCUGCAGAGGUCGCAUAGCCUUUGCGCCUCAGCUACCGGUUCUGCACAAUAUGACAAUACGUGACAAUAUUGUUUACGGACAAUCCAUGGACGCGGCCUUUUACGAAAGAGUUGUACAAAGCUGUCAACUUAUGAACGACUUCAACAGGAUGCAGUCAGGAGAUAUGACCGAAGUUGGAGAAAAGGGAACAAACCUGAGCGGCGGCCAAAAGCAGCGCAUUUCCAUCGCGCGGGCGGUGUACAGCCAGAGCGACGUCUACCUGCUCGACGACCCGCUCAGCUCUCUCGACCCUGUCGUCGCCAGCUGCCUCUUCCGGGAGGUCAUCAGCAGCGACGGCUUGCUGAGAAACAAGACUCGCAUAUUGGUCUGCAACCAAGGACACUACCUGAAGGAGAUGGACAAGCUUGUCUUGGUACAUGGAAAGCGAAUCAGAGUGUACGACAAGUUGGAAGAUCUCAUCAGCGACCCAGAGUCGCCGCAAAAUUUUCGCGAAGCGCUUGAGCAGGACACUCCACAGCGAGGCGACAAAAGCGGCAUUGCAGCGGAAACACUCGAAGAGAACUACACAGAGGGACGUAUAACUCAAGAGGAGCUGGGAAAAUCAACAAAGACAGCGUGGCAGGUGCUGCGCAGCCUGCUUCGCUUGGCGCAGUGGCCAGCGCCCGUCAGCGUCCUGAUAUUUCUUGGCUCUGCGGGCGCCUUCGGAAUGCAGCAGCUGUGGAUCAAGCGAUGGACUGAUGCCUCCGCGGUUCACGACUCUGCGGCUUCUUCGGCGUCGCAACCACCGUGGGUUGGCAUCCUCAUCGCCUUGUGUCUUGCAGAUGUGGGCUUUCGGAUUCUGGGGAGCGUACUGGUCGCCUUCACCGUGAAGUGCCUUUCACGGACGCUUCACAACGACAUGCUGAGUCACUUGGUGCACAGUCCCGUGUCCUUCUUCGAUGCAACACCACGAGGCCGUGUACUGAACCGCUUCUCGGCCGACGUGGAAACCAUGGAGGCGCGCUGCUUCCUCGCCACCAAACAGACCAUCCAGAACACACUCAUCAUCAUCGCCAAGGUGGCAAUUGUGGGAACACAGUCGCCUGUGGUCGUCGCCAUUACGCUCGUUGUCGGUCUAUUUAGCGCUUACAUACUGAGGCUGGCACUGAAGGCAACCAACUGUGGCCGCUACGUAGAGAGCCUGGCCAUGUCUCGCCUUCUGCAGCACGCUGCAGAAACCACGGACGCGCUGAGCACUGUGCGAGCGUACGGUGUGGCCGGCAGGUUGCGACGCCACUUCUGGCACCUGGCGGACGACGUCGCCCGCGGAUUCAUGUGCCUCCUUAGUGCGUACCGCUUUGCGCGAACGGUGACUGCUACCUUUGGCUUCCUGGUGGUCAUCUGCACCUUGGUAGCCAGCAUAGCGUUUGCUGGCUCUUUGGGACCCGACCCGAGCAGCCUCGGACUGGCAUUGAGCAACGCCUGCUCGGUCCCGCUCUCGUUGAUGUCGCUGUGCCUAAUGUUGUUCAACGUACUUCAGAUGAACGUCUCAUUUGAACGUUGUCUGGAGUUCGCAGAACUUCCAGCGGAGAGUGACGCUCCAGCCACCCAGAAGACAGAGCAGUCCCUGUGCAACUGGCCCAAGGAAGGAGAAAUCAAAUUCCAGAACUUUUCUGCAUCGUACAAUCCCGGUGUUCUGCCCGACGUGCUGAGAGGCAUCACAUUUCUCGUUAAACACAAGGAAAAGGUCGGAGUGGUGGGUCGCACCGGAGCGGGGAAGUCCUCGCUGGUGCUUGCACUUCUGCGCAUGCUCAAAGCCUCAGAGGGUCGCGUCCUCAUUGAUGGCGUGGAUAUCGCCGACGUUCCCCUCCGGAAGCUGCGAAGGAGCAUCACCGUUAUCCCACAGGACCCAAGCAUGGUUAGGGGCACACUGCGAAUGAAUCUGGAUCCUACGAAUUCCCACACGGACGAACAAAUCUGGCAAGCGCUCGAGAAAGCACACCUUGCAAAAGUAGUCGUCGGUGACGUCAGGGGGCUGCUUCUGGAGAUUACGGAUGGUGGCAGCAACCUAAGUGUGGGACAGCGGCAGCUGGUGUGCCUGGCGAGGGCGCUCCUGCGUGGAUCCAAGAUUCUUCUGCUGGACGAAGCGACGUCACAAAUGGACGGCGACACAGACCGCCUGAUCCAGGUGGCGCUGAGGGAGGCCUUCGCAGAAUGCACGCUCCUCACCGUCGCGCACCGCAUUCACACCGUCCUCGACUACGACAGAAUACUCGUGCUCGAAGACGGGAAAGUUCGAGAGUUCGACUCCAUGCAAACGCUGCUUUCGGACACGUCUUCUGCCUUCUACAGGAUGGCUGCUGAGUGCGGCAUUUACAGCGCUGGAAGGGAACCAGAUCUAAUCAGUACUUGCUUGUGACAGACUUAUCUCAUACUAGUUUUCAUUUUUUUAAAGUUUGGUAAUAAAGUUUGUUUUCAUUUUGUGUGAGGUGGUAAUUAUGAUAAGCAACCUUAUAAGGUCCUAGAAAACGGCGCAAAUAAUAUUUGACAAAUGACAUGUCUUCAGCAAUCUGCUUUCAAACGCACUACAAGCGUUUUUUUUCUCUCUCUUCUCCUUGUUCAUUCCCCCAGCGUAGAGUAGCCAACCGGACUCUUGACUGGGUAAUAUCCCUGCCUUCCUCUUCUCUCUCUCUUUCUCUCUCUCUCUCUCCUACGCCCCUGGAGGUGAGUAGCAUGAAUAAACAUGAACACAUCAUUAACAGAAAAGAUGCCUCAAAAACGUGUGUGAUUAUGCCAAAGCUUUCACUGUAACAUAGAUAUAAAGUACCGAAGUAGUUGUAAAAGCAAGAAAUAUAUAUAUCGUUUUUUCCCAGAUGGCUGAAUUACUCACCUCCAUCCGAAGUCUUUGAUCCUAUCGGUGGUUUUAUAUGGGUUUUAGAUUCCGUGCGUCGGGAUCAGCUCGUGCAAAUGUAUGAUUUUUGUACGUUUCUG